UUGAACUUUUGGCGCCACUCCAUUCCAACUCAAAAGUUUCAGAAAGGAGGAGAACAGCCGAGAGAGAAUAUCCACAACUCCACGAGAAUUGGUUUUCGAUCUUUAUGAAAUUUGGAAACCUUCCUCCCUCUCGAUCAUUCUGUUAAACAGAGUUCCACAGCAUCUUAUUUCGCUAGUUCGUCGAGUGGAGUUUGAAUUUUAGGUCGUUACUUCAGUUUUAUCUCGAUUCUCAGUUCACAACUUGCUGAAGAUUUUCUCGUAAUACCCAGGAAUUGACUAAAUUGUUGUAUGAAAUUCUAUUCAUAAUUUCUGAAGGCUGAGAUGAGAUGCAAUGCAUGCUGGAGAGAACUGGAAAGCCAGGCUAUCUCCACCACUUGUGGCCACCUCCUCUGUCCAGAAGAUGCACGUAAGAUUCUCAGUAAUGAUGCUGCUUGCCCUAUCUGUGAUCAAGUCCUCUCUAAAAGUCUCAUGAAACCUGUGGAUAUCAAUCCGUCUGAUGAAUGGAUAAAUAUGGCCAUGGUUGGGAUAUCACCACAAAUCUUGAUGAAGAGUACAUACAGAAGUGUCGUGUUCUACAUUGGGCAAAAGGAAUUGGAGAUGCAGUAUAAAAUGAGCAGGGUUGCUGCUCAGUGCCGACAGAAAUGUGAGGUUAUGCAAGAAAAAUUCACUGAAAAGCUGGAGCAGGUGCAUACUGCAUACCAGAAGAUGGGUAAGAAAUGCCAACUUAUGGAGCAGGAGAUUGAGAAUUUGUCCAAGGACAAGCAAGAGCUACAAGAAAAGUUUGCUGAAAAAUCCAGGCAAAAAAGAAAACUUGAUGAGAUGUAUGAUCAGUUGAGAAGUGAAUAUGAAUCAGUAAAGCGGUCAGCUAUUCAACCUGCAAAUAAUUUCUACUCCAGAGCAGAGCCUGAUUUGUUCUCAAACACGGCUAGCAUGAUGGACAACAGAGACUCUCUAAGAAAAGGGCCAAGAGAAGAUAUCUGGCCUACAGCAAGACACAACAAUUCUAACUCUGGCCACUUUGAAUUCUCCAGUGGUUCACCUGCAAAAGAACCAGGCCUUCAAAUGGAGGCCGGAAACAAAAGAAUUGGUGUACGUUCUGCUUUUGGUGUUGGACCUGGGGCUGGAAACCCCUCAAUGGCACUAAGGAAUCUCAUCAUUUCACCAAUAAAGAGGCCUCAGCUCUCUCGUGGUCAGCCUCAAAUGUUCACUUUGUAGACUUGCAGAUACAGAGUUCUUGCUGUUGGGUCUUUGGCUUCUUCAAACAGCAAAUUGUAAUUUUGUUUGUUGCCUUAUUAGGAAUCUGCCAAAGAUAACUUGAACAAAUGUGUUUAUAGUAUACUGACCAUGGCAAACCAGUUAGACCUUAUAGAAGGUGUACUAUGUAAGAGCCUCAAUUUCCAGUAGUGGACAACACUAUAAUUUUUGAAAAACAGUGUAAUGCAUGUUAUGAGAAAUGCAGUUAUUGAA